AAAGAACGCCAUGUUAAUGCGAUGCUUGACACAGAAAUCAACAACUGUGUCAGAUCCUUCUGCGGUGACUGGGAAGCCGAAGCCCCCUUUCCGAUCCCAAUCUGCCGUUAAUCUCAGUCAAGAGUACACACAUGUUGUCCAAACCAAUCCUUACAAAGACAAAUGGACUGAGAUUCAUAUCCAUCGCAACAAUCACACUUCAGUUGAAGCAUCUAAUCGAUUCCAAGAGGCGGCGCCGCCGGAAUCGGUGGUGUUGGAGACAGAGGUUGUGUCAUCUGCUCACUACGCACAGCUCCUCAGCCCAAACAAAGCCUCAGUCGACGAAGCCCUAAGCAGAGCCAAACCCAACAACCUUACUCGUUUAGUCUCUGCUUACUUCGACAAUAGUGAACAUACUUUUAGAAUCUGUCGUCUCUUGCAAAAUACCAUCGACGACGCUCGCUCUCUCUAUGAAGCCCUCCAUAACCUCCUCGUAAUCCUCCCUCUCGAUUUUGAUUCUGAUACUUCACUUUCCCAACCUCAGUGCGAUUCGGUUUACGAUGUCUUCCUCCAAUUCGACGUCAACAACAAUCCUUUUCCUCAGCCAGGCUCUGAUAAUUUCCACAACAUGAGACGUUGCUUCUCUGAGCUGAAGCUUCAGCUCGAUCACCAAGUCCAGAAAUCACGCAGAAGGACUCAACUCCUUCUCAAGAAAGACCUCAACCGUAUAGCCCAGCUUGAGGCUGCGGCUAGAGGGACUUAUGUUCUCAAUCACGAUCUAAAUACUAUUGAUCGUCUUGUGGCAAGGUUGUAUGAUGCGGUGGAGAGUGAUAAGUUUUUGGUUAGAUUUGGGUUGCAGAGAGGAAGGGAGAGGUACCCGAUUCAGGAGAUUAUUAAGCAGUUGCGGAAGAGCCAACCCAAUUUCCAACACCAGCUCGAGGAUCUGGAGGAACAUGUUUGCCUCUGCUUUGCGAAUGUUAACCGGGCAAGGUCUCUGUUGCUGCAAGAGAUCCAUCAUCACCAAACUCCUAGACCCCGGCGAACUCGCACGAUAUAAUUUUACUUUUUUGGAUUCAAAAUCCUAAAUCAGUGGAUUCUGGGAUCUGAAUAGUGUAUUUCUCCAUUCAGAGAUACCAAUUAGUUGUGCACCAUAGGCUGUAUGUUUUGCAGCCCUCUAGGUAACAGCAGCUAUGGUGAGGGAAAGCACAUUUCUGAUGUAGUGAUAUAUUCCAUUGGAAGAAGAUAGAAAACUAAAAGCUUUCUCAGGUAUGUGCACUUAAUCUUGUUGCCCUUCGCAAAUCUUCUCCAGAACUGAUAAAAUUUUAUAUUGGAAAAUUAUAUUUCAUGUUCUCAUCAUAGGCAAGGAAUGGAGUCUAGCCCUUUGAGUGGUCAUCUUACCACACAGUUUGCAAUACUUGAUAUCAUAUUUUGU